CCACCAGAAAAACCACCUCCUUUUCUCUGUCAUUCCUACCCCGCGUACCCCAAUUCCUUGUCUCUUUCUCAGAAACUACACACAUCAACAACAAAAAUGUCACCCACAACAUCAAACUACCUCUUCGGAGGCCCCAAUCCCUGGACCCCCGAAGACUGGACCUCCUCCGACGACCGCGUCCGCGGCGGUGCCUCCCACUCCUACCUCACCAUCACGCCUUCUUCUUCCGAUGGCAAAAAGAACACAGCUCGCUUCCACGGUACCCUCGACAUCCACACCCUCGGCGGCGCCGGCUUCGCCUCGCAACGCACCAUCACCACCACCAAGGAAUGGGACCUCUCCCGGUUCUCCGGGCUGGAACUGCAUGUCCCCCGCGCCGACGACAAGCGCUACACCCUCACGCUGAAGGACGAGAUCCUGCCGAAUCGGCCGGACGGGCGGGAGCGGAGCUCGGUGUCGUGGGAGGUGGACUUUACGGUCCCAGAGGGAGGUGGAAGGCUGCGGUUCCCGUGGAAGGAAUUUCGGCCGACGUACCGCGGGAGGGAGGUUAGGGAUGGGGUCAAGCCGCUUGAUCUGAAGAGGGUGCGGAGGGUGGGGAUUAUGGUUCGGAGUUUCUUUGGAGAACAGGAGGGCGAGUUUGAGUUGGUGGUGGAGUCGAUUCGGGGAUUUCAGGAGCGGAAGGAGGAGAUGAGGUAUAAGGAUGAUGUCUCUGCGACUGUUGGUGCAGUGGACGAGGAGGAAUAUAGUGAGAAGUGGGGUGGGGAGGGCGAGGGGCUGGGUCACGAGGCGCAAUGGAUGGCUAGCUCUCGGCCUUGGAAUCGGUGGAGAGCGAUGUUCUGCUGUGGGGUUUAGUAGUGCUUCCGGUCUAUCAUGACGAAGCGAAGGCAGGGUGUGGCUGAAAUAGAAGAAAACGACACUAUAG